GCCGGUGAAAGGCCGAGAUAUUUCUUUCCCGUAGUCGUCGCGUCACGCCGCCCCUGAGUAGCUCCCGUAGCUCGCCGCCCCUGAGUAGCCAUGAGUUGCGCGGCGGUGUGUGCUCCCCCCUCCGGUCUCAGCCGCCACCACGGAUUCUCCUCCUCCCCCUCGAGCAGGCGACGGGGGAGAGCUUCCUACACUAUCCGGGCCUGUGCCAACUCCGGCGACGCGGAUGACAGCGGCGGAGGGCUCCUACCUCGGAUGGUGCUCCACGACUCCCUCGACGCCGCGGGGGUCGUCACUGACCACGCUAGGGCGGCGAGGGAGGGGUUUGCGACGCAGAUCGGGAGGCUCACGAGGCUCAACGCGGAGACCAGCAUCGCCAUCAGCCGCGGCGCCGAUCUCGCUCGGGCCGCGCUCUGUAUCGCGGCCGAGGACGACUCGCUCGUCUCCCACUCUUCCGUGCCGCUCCCCGUAGACGCCUUCAUUGCUCGCCUUGACGAUCUUUCCACCGGGUUCCUCGCCGCGGGGUUCCUCCCGCCCUCCGGAGCGCCGCCCGAGGUCUUCUUGGACCACCUCGACCGCUACCUCUACGUCCACAAGGGUUUUCGAAGAACAAACGUAGCAUCAGAUGCUCGGGCCAUGUAUCUUCACUCGACUUUGACAUGCCGAUCAGGAUCAGCUCUAAUGCUUUCCUUGAUAUAUUCAGAGAUGCUAAAGACACUACGGCUGUAUGGCUUACUAGACUUCGAUGAGGAGAUCUCCUUUCCACAUGAUCUCAAUGGCCUCCCUAGGGGCUAUGACAAACGAAAAAGCAAGUUUUGUGAUGAACCAAAUAUUUUGACAGCAAAGUCACUUUUGGUUGAGAUUUUACAAACUCUGAAGGGUAUGUUUUGGCCGUUCCAGUCUAACCGGUCAAGUAGCUUAUUUUUGAAUGCUGUUGCUGCAAACCACCAUGGCCCUGGUAAUGUAGGCGGCAGUCAAGCAAGGUCACAUGGCAAUAUAAGUGCCAUAGAGAUGGCUGCUGCUAAAUCUGCUCAACAUAGGUUGAUGCGUGGAGUAUGGACUAAUGUGCGCUUCGGUGACAUGCGUCGUGCUUUGGCAGCUUGCGAGAGACUGAUCCUACUGAAUCACAAUCCCUGUGAACUUAGGGACUAUGCUGCCCUUCUGUACCACUGUGGCUACUACAAAGAGUGCCUGCAGUACUUAACGUCGUACCAAAAUGCCAUGGUUGGACAGCCCCGGACCAAUCCACUAGAGAUGUUGGAGGACGACGCAGUGAACACUCUUAUGGCACGAGUAAACCUAAUUUUAGCAGAGGACGGCUGGGACAACCACAGACCUGCUGCAAGUUACUGGACCAAAAACUCUGAGCCAUGGUAGAUCAUACACUCAUUUGACCGAUCAGUGUAUAUAUUCCACUAACUGAGACAUGGAUGUGCAACAAAUUGUACAUAUAAUUGUACCCUGGACGUUUGCAAACAAUUAUGAGAUGGGACUAAAGUUCUGGUGC